CUUCCUGUGUGGAAUUACCAAACGGAACUCGAUAUACUUGUCAAAAUACAUGCAAGUAGUAAAACCCUUGGAGUGUAAUGUGGAAUACAAUUAGAAUAGCUAACAAAUAUUUGGGGAUUUUUGGGGAGAGGUUUUAGCUUAAGUCAACGACGCUAUUCAUCAGCUAGCUAGUGAGCUAUUUUUUAGCCGGCUAGCUAAGCGUGCAUGAGUUGAGAGUUUUGUGACACGGUAAAAAUGUGUGACCUCGGUAUGGACAAUGGCACUAUUUAUGUCCGUGAAAGAGGCAACCUUCGUCGUGUCAGUGACAUAGUCCUGGCACAGCCAAAGCCAGUGUCAUCAUGCAGAAGGACGAAUCCGUUUGUGCUGAGAAAGGAACAUUUCACAUUCACCUACAAUGCAGAGGGAAGUCUGAGGUACACCGCAAAAUCUCUUUUUGAUAUCACUCUGUUGUUCGUAGCUGACAAUAUUCACCAUGUGGACUCUCUGGUGGGUUUCCCUGAGCAAAUAGGAGACAGACUUUUUGCAGCAGCAGAGGAGAACCGUGUAUUUUCAAACACAGAUGUUUCUCCAAAAGCCCUCCAGUUAUUUAGUGAUGCAUAUGGGCAGAUGGUGCUUGGAUCCCUCUGUCUACGAAACAGGUUUCCACUUUUGCAUGAGAGGAUGGAAGAAAUAAAAACAUUUCACAGUCUGAAGUCUCUGGAUUUGUUUGGCUGCAGACUGGGCGAUGAUCAUGAGAUAUUCCAGCAUCUAACAUCUAGCUCAUUGGCAAACAGCCUCAUUCAGCUUUUCAUCGGUGGGAACAAUUUGUCAGAUGUUGGCUUACAAAGAUUGACUGCACCUAUCCGGAUGAUGAGGAAGGGACUGGAUUGUCUUCAGCUUCUAGAUGUUUCCUAUAACCCCAUCUCAGAGAGGGCCCUCAGAUACCUCACAUGCCUCCCCAAACUUGAAAAACUUGACGUAUCUGGGACUAGUUUGAAGCUUGGUGCAGGUUUGAAAACGACCAUAUGGAACCAGUUGGGACUCAUUUGUUCUGAUAAACCUCUGGACAUCUUUGAUCACUCAAGAUGCAAAACAGAAGGUUGGGCAGAGCAGGUUGUAAACCAGUGGGAAACGAAUAGUUCACAAAUGCCAAAACAGAAGAAAAUUGAAGAAUCAAGAACAUCAGCUCUACGCUUUUUUGGAAGGCAGAAGUUUGUCAGAGAAGUCCUGAAUGCAGCACCCCUGGUAUGUGAGAGUGAAGAGGAGGCCAAGAGAGACAGACUGCAUUUCUACAGACCUGAAGCAAAGAAUCACAUACCUGAGAAACAGGUUCCUUACACGGUAAAUCAACAAGAGAAGACUUCGUGGCACAACAUCAAAAAACGACAGCGUCAGUCAGAAAGGUGUGACAGUUCACGUCGUAGCCCUCCAACAAAACGUUCGCCGUCAUCAGCGCUUACUGCAGAGGACAUUGAAUUGUUGAACAGCUAUUGAGGUAUUCGUCCAUAAAGAGCACAACACAAGUGUGACCAUUAACAGGUAACAUUUAGGCCCAAAGGAACGAGAAUAUUUUUACAAGAAUUUUCCCCCUAGUUAACUGUAAACACUUUUUCUUGGAUACUAGUGGAGUUUUAGAUUUAUUUUUUAUAAAUAAAAGGUCAAUAUUU